UUCCAAUAAGCCGCACUGCCGUGUGCCCGUGCUGCUAUUUGAUACAUAUUACAGUUUUUAUUAUUAUUAUUAUUAUUCUUUCUUCUGUAUUCCUUUAUUUUCUAUUCGCUGGAACACGGGUAUCCCGCACAAUUACUAAACGCUUAGCACUCAAGCUCUUGAGUAUUCCAGCGCUCGGCGUCCAUCCCUCCAAUAGUAUAAAAAUUUUUUAAUCUACACCACUUUUGGGUGACGAAAUCAAUUUUAAUGUCAGAACUACAGUCGGCGCUAUUACUAAAGAAACAACUGACUGAAUUGCACAAGAACCCAGUAGAAGGGUUCUCUGCUGGUCUCAUAGACGAUAAUGAUAUUUACAAAUGGGAAGUGCUCAUCAUUGGACCUCCUGACACCUUGUAUGAAGGAGGAUUUUUCAAGGCUCAUCUUAAUUUUCCAAAAGAAUAUCCAUUAAGGCCACCAAAAAUGAAAUUUGUAACUGAAAUUUGGCAUCCUAAUAUUGAUAAAAGUGGUGAUGUUUGUAUAUCAAUACUUCAUGAACCCGGUGAUGAUAAGUGGGGUUAUGAAAAAGCAAGUGAACGUUGGCUACCAGUGCAUACUGUUGAAACUAUAUUGAUAUCAGUUAUUUCAAUGUUAGCUGAUCCAAAUGAUGAAAGUCCAGCUAAUGUAGAUGCAGCUAAAGAUUGGCGUGACAAUUAUCCAGAAUUCAAACGCAAGGUUGCACGUUGCGUGCGUAAGAGUCAAGAGGAUAUCUAAUAACAAAUUUGCCAGUUGCUCUAUACACAUGUUACCAACGUAUAAAUCAAUUAUUGAUGCCAGGGUAUCAAAAUUUAGAGCAAUCGACAACAUUUUAUAUAAUGUGAUUUAUAAAUGUAAGUUUUUUUUUUCAAAACAUCUAAUAAAAUAUGAUAUACUAUC